GGUCACACUAGAUCAGCGUAGGACCGGGAAAAGUCAAACCUUUCUUUCAUUUCUUUUCAAACUUUCAAGCGCGAUCUGCGAAAAAACAGGAGCAUCCGCGUCGGUGCUGCCUAGAAUUAGAGUUCAAGUGUGGUCUGUGUGAGCGUAGCCAAACGAGGAAAACAAAUUCCACCGCUCCCGUGACGCAAAAGGCUGUAGAAAUUGAAAGUCAAAUGAAUUCUGUUCCCAACUGUGUGUGUGAGUGUACAACGAGCGUCAAUUUUGAUGAUAAAAUUUGCCUGCGCUUAUGCGGAUGUCUGUGAGUGUGUGCGUUGAGCAUAUGUCUGUCAGUGUGUUGGUGUGAGCGUCGAGCAUAAGAAAGCAACAACAACAACAUAGAAGAGCACUUGGCGACGCUUGACGAAAGAGAAACAAAGAGAAGCGUGAAAUCUCCAUUUUAAUAGCGAGGAAAAUCAAGGAAAGGGUAUCUACGAUGGCCAGUUUCCAGAUCCACCAGGACACCAACAACAAGGAGAAUCCCGGCAUCACCGUUCCGGCCGGAGUCAGGGGCGCUAAGCAGCCGCUGGCCGUGAUUGGCAAAGAGAAAAUUGCGCUUGCGCCACGGGCCAACUUUGCCGUGCUCAACAGCAACAAUAACAAUGGGAAUGUACCUCGUCCGUCCGGAAAAGCGCAGGUCUUCCGUGAAGUAAAGGUUAACAAUACGGAUGAAAAUGUCAACUAUGCAGCCAAGAAAUCGAAUGUGGUGCCCGUGGUGGAGCAGUUCAAGACCUUCUCGGUUUACGAGGACAACUUUGACACUCAGGUGGUGCCACCAAACAAACCCCUGGCCGAUAAAGAGAACCAGCAGGCUGCCGAAAAGUGCGAUGUGCAAUUCACCGUCUGCGAUCUGGACACCACGCCCAUGUCCGUCACGGACGUCCAGUCGCCCAUGUCGGUGGAUCGCUCUCUGGCCGAGGUAAGCGGCAUUGAAGCGGUCGCCAAGGCGGGCGAGGUUUUCAAGGAGUUGCCGCCACGCAAUGAUCGCGAGCGUUUCUUCGAAGUUGUCCAGUACCAGAGGGAUAUACUUAAUAAUUUCCGGGAGAGCGAGAAGAAACAUCGCCCGAAGCCGCACUAUAUGCGCAGGCAGAACGAUAUCAAUCAUAACAUGCGCUCCAUCCUGAUUGACUGGCUGGUGGAGGUGUCCGAGGAGUAUAAACUGGACACGGAGACGCUUUACCUUUCCGUCGCCUAUCUCGACCGCUUCUUAAGCCUGAUGAUGGUGAUGCGCACCAAGCUGCAGUUGGUGGGCACGGCAGCCUUGUAUAUUGCCUCCAAAUACGAAGAGAUUUACCCGCCAGAGGUGGGUGAGUUUGUCUUCCUCACCGACGACAGCUAUACCAAGAAGCAGGUGCUGCGCAUGGAGCAGGUCAUCCUGAAGAUUCUCUCCUUUGAUCUGUGCACACCCACAGCCUAUGUCUUCAUCAACACGUACGCAGUGCUGUGCGAUAUGCCAGAUAAACUCAAGUUCUUGACACUGUACAUUUCGGAGCUUUCACUGAUGGAUGGAGAUACCUUCAUGGCAUAUUUGCCCUCGGUAAUGUCAUCCGCUUCGCUGGCAUUGGCACGUCACAUUUUGGGCAUGGAGAUGUGGACACCUCAGCUGGAGGAGAUCACCACCUAUAAGUUGGAGGACCUACUGACUGUCAUCCGCCAGCUGUCGCACACUCACAAAUGGGCCAAGGACCUCAACACGCAGGCAAUGCGGGAAAAGUACAAUAGAAACAAGUACAAAAAUGUGGCCACACUCGAGGCAAUUGAGCUGACCAAGGAGGACCUGGAUCAGCUCUGUCAGUCGUACAAUGCCAAGCAAAGCGAGAAGAAGAACGAGCAGCAGCAGGAUGAGAAUUUGUUUUAUAAGUUUUAAGUGUUUUGCCAUGCCUCUCCCCCUGCCAUGGUCAAAUUGUAUUGUAGCUUAGUGUUUCUAUGUAAUAUUUCGUAGAUUUAAAUUUAAGAAGAAAGUCUCCGUCAAAAGUUUGCUUACCAUUUGUUGGCCGUUGGACAAGCUCCCGUUACAAGUACUGGACAAUUUUAUAUGAAAGUCAUAUAAACGCACCUUGAAACCAGCCAAAUUCACACACCUGUCCACGGUGAGAGUUUGCCGCGCCAACAACGAGAGCAAACACAAACGGUGACAGUCUUUAAAAAACUUAAAUUUAGCUUAGUGGCAGUCAGCAGUUUGAUAUUUUAUGUUUUUACCAUCAACAAAUGUAUUUUUAUGUAUUUAUAAAAUGAACCAUAUUGGAUGUAUACAACGUGUCUUUAGCAGGUACAGCUAACUUUGGAAAUUAUACCUACUUAAACGCAUAUUUAUAUAUAUAUAUAUACAUACUAACUGUUAGGCCAUAAAAGUUCUGUGAACCACGCAACAACAAAUAUAUAUGUCGAUUUAACAACAAAGACACACUCUGCAAGCCACUCUACACACUCGUACACCAAUCGUUCCCUUAUCCGUUUCAAAUGCUGCGCUCAACUCGUGUUCACGUAAAUCUAAUGACGCUUACUAAAUGUUUAUUUAACUUAGUCUAAUCUUCCGUGUGGGUGGGUGGAUUCAGGUUGCUGAUAGCACAAGCAGCGCGCUAGUUAAAUGCAGAAGCCAAUUUCUCGAUGUUCUUCUACGCUAACAUACAUUUUUAUUUUACUAACUACUCAAUGUAAUUGCAUUGCAGGCCGUAUAUUCCAUAUACCUAUUGUAUUCAAUAAAAUUGUGAAAGACAAGCACAAACAACA